AUGAUGGAAAAUUAUUCAACAUAUGAAUUUAAAGAUAAUUUAAUAAUAAAAAUUAUAAGAACUAAUGAUGUUAAAAAGAGAUUUUAUAGUUAUACGGAAUAUAUUUUGGAGUUUAAGGUUCUGAACAGUCAGAAAGUUCUGAAGAAAAGAUAUUCUGAUUUUGUUACCUUUUAUGAUUUAUUAAAAAAUGAGUUACUCACAAAAUUUAGCGAAUCCUUAGAAAAAAUUAGUGUUCUUCCCUCCAAAAAAAUAUUCGGAAGGUUUAACUACAACUUUAUAGAAGAACGAAGGCAACAACUGGAAUCCUUUUUAAUGAAUAUAACAAAAUAUAAGAAUGUGUACUUGUGUGACAACUUCUACGAAUUUUUGUGCUUAGAUAAUAUAACAAAAUAUUUAUACAAGUUAAUGUGCACGAGGUUGGAAGAUAUUUGUAAUAUUCAAAAGCUACUUAAGAAAAUAAAUUAUAUUUUAUUCAUGUCACGAAAUAAUACAUUGAAAAGUGCAGAAUGUGAUAUUAUAAAUUAUUUAUAUUAUUUAAAAGAAAAUAUAAAAUUAAAUAAUGAAAUAAAAUUUUUUAUAUUAAAUAUAUUUCUUCAUCAUUUAACUUAUACAAAAACAUCAGAGAAUUUAUUGAAUGUUUCUUUGAUGAGAUUUUCCUUUGAUAUUAUAUAUGAAAAUUUAUUAAGUAAUAGUAUAAAUGAGGUUCUAUUAAAAACAUCUUCUGAAACCAUAUUACGAAUUGUUGAUAAAAGAAGUGAUGUAUUUUUAGAUUAUUUAAAAAAUUAUAACUUUAAACAGAUAUGUAUAAUAUUUAAUCUGAUAAAUAAAAAGAAAGAAAGAAAAGAUAAUAAAAAGAUUGAUAAUAUAGUAUUUAAUAUAUAUAUAUUAAUAUCUUUAUUAUUAUUAUCUUCUAUACAUAUUAAGGAUAUUCAAAAUUUUUUUAUUAUAAAAAAUAAUAAUAAUAAUCAUAAUCAUAAUAAUAAUAAUAAUAAUAAAGGUUUACGUAUAUUAGGAUAUAUGUAUGAAAGUCAGAAUAUUAAUAUACAAAUUAUUUGUUGUAUUAUUUUGUCUUUACUUAUAAUUAAUAAAACUAUUAAAGAUGAGGAUGUUAUUUAUAAAACAAAAAUGUCGAUACUAUUAAUUCAAAAUGAUUUACAAAAUAUAAAAAGUGUCGAUUAUCAAUUGAUAGAAAUAAUUUGUAGUAAAAAAAACAUUAACCUCUUAAAUUCAAUUCUUGAUUUAUUAUUAAAAGAUAAAAUAUUGAAAUAUGAUUUAACGUUAAACGAUAUUGAGCAUUAUGAAAAAUAUACUAUGUAUGAUAAUCCUUUUGAAAAAGAUUUAUUUUAUGAACAGAAAAUUAAAUAUGCAGAUUUUUCAAAUAAUGAUAUUAUAUUACAAUUUAUACUUUUUAUCAUUAAUAUUGGUGUAACUGAAUUUUUCUUGCUUAAAAAAAAUUAUAAAUUUCUUAUGAAAAAAAAAAAAUUAAAAAUCAAACUUAAAAAAAAAGAGUUAUCUGAAAAAAUGAAAUUGAGGAAAAUUAAUAGGAAAACCAAGCAGGCGCAAUAUAUGUUAACAGAUAAAGGGAAAGAUUAUAACACGAGCUCACAAAAUAGAAAUAAAAAUAUAAAUAAAAAAAACAAAAGCCAACCAAAAAAAGGAGAAGAAUAUAUGUAUAUGUCCAAGUAUUGUAAUGCACCUGUGCAGGAUGAUGACGACGACGAUGAUUAUGAUGAUGAAUACGAUAGUGGAUUUAAAGACCGUUUAGAAGCUGAAAGGAGUAAGAAUAAAAAGAAAGAACUAUAUGAAAAUGUUGAUAGGGAUGAAUAUGGAGAUGAAUAUGGAGAUGAAUAUGGAGACGAAUAUGGAGAUGAAUAUGGUGAUGAAUAUGGUGAUGAAGAUGAUGACGAAAAUGAUGAUGAAAAUGAUGAUGAAGAUGAUGAUGAAAAUGAUGAUGAAGAGGAUGAUCAAUAUGAUGAUGAUGAAGAGGAUGAUCAAUAUGACAAUGACGAUGCUUAUUACGAUUCUCAUUAUGACAGUGCUGAGAAUUUUAAUGUUCGUGUGAAAGGGAAAAUGAGCAGAAAGAUAAAUAAAAGAAUUUCUAAUAAAAAAAAUAAGCGUAUGAAUAAAAAAGGAAAGAAAAAAAAGAAAGAUAUAGAACCUUCGAACGCUUCAGCAACGAGCUCUUGUAUUUCGUCUCUGUAUUCAUUUUCCAGCGAUUAUGACAGUGCAACAAAUAAUAAUAAUAAUAAUAAUGAUGAUGAUGAUGAUAAGGAUUAUAACAAGAAGAAUAAAAAAAAUUAUGUGUUAAAUUUAAACAUGCAUGUUGUAAAGAAUAUAUCGUAUGAUGAUGAUUUUAGUGUACACUCGGGAAGUAUAGGAAAUGAUCUUUUGUUUUUAGAAGGAGAAGGCAGUGAAAACGGUGAUGUUGAUAGUGAAGAUAAUGAUGAUAAUAAUUAUAAUGAUGAUAAUAAUUAUAAUGAUGAUAAUGGUAAUCAUAAUAAUAACUGUGGAGAAAAUCUAAAGAACAAAUAUAAAAAUAGAAAUAAAAGGUCAAGUGAAAAAAAAAAUAUUUCGAAUUCAUCAAAAUAUAAUAAAAAAAAUGUAACAUCAUCUGAGUUGAGAGAAGAAAUAAAAAUGUUGAAAGAGAACAGGAAAAAGUUUGUACGUAGAAUAAGAAGGAUAAAUGAACAGAUAUUAUUAAUAUUAUGUAACGAAAAGAUGAUACAUAAUAUAUAUAAGUGUGCCAAUUUAAAUAAUUAUAAAAUAAAAUUUUAUGCUUCUGUAAUAUUAUCGUAUAUACCUAAUAUUAAUGAAAUGAUAUCUAAUUUUUCUAAUCAAGAUUAUUUAAAUAAUAGGAGUAUGGAUAGUAAUAUUAUAAUGAACAAUGAUAAUAAUAAAAAUAAUGACACUAAUAAUAAUAAAAAUAAUGACACUAAUAAUAAUAAAAAUAAUGACACUAAUAAUAAUAAAAACAAUGACACUAAUAAUAAUAAAAACAAUGACACUAAUAAUAAUAAAAACAAUGACACUAAUAAUAAUAAAAACAAUGACACUAAUAAUAAUGAUAAUAAUAACAAUUUGAAUGACGAUGCGUAUCAUAAUAGGUUUAAUGAAAACCUAAACAAUGUGUAUAAUAUGAACCAUGAAGAUUGUAUAAAUAAUAAUAAUGUAAAAUGUUUUGUAGAUGUUGAAAAAGAUAAAAAUAAUUUACAGUAUCCGUAUUAUGGACCUAUAGAAAAUUAUACAAAAUCUUCAUUUGCUUCAGAUAGCCUUGCGAUAAGAAAGAAUAGUAAAAUUUUCAUAUGUAGUGUUGAAGGAGAUUAUUAUAAUUAUAUAUAUAAGUUUAAUAUUUUUAAUGUUUUAUUAUAUUAUUUAUUUAAUGAAACGUAUUUUUAUGAACAUAUACUUGUACAUUUAAAGAAAUAUAUUGAAGAACAGAGUUCUCUUAUGAAUUUAAAGCAUUUUAAAAUAAAAAAGAAUGAAUUUACGAAUACACUACUUUUUAAUACGUUAGGAAAAAAUAUGGAAAAGAAAAAUAAAGGGAAAAACAUAAAAAAAAAUAGGAAUAAGAAAAUUUAUAAAAAAGAGAGUUUUCUAAGUACGACAGAUAAAACGAAUACGAAACCUAAGGGACCUAUGUCAUAUGGAUAUAAAAAUAAUUAUGGUAAUAAUUCUUAUUAUAAUGAUAGUACUCAUCUUAAUUAUAUGAGCAAGAAGAAUAAUGUUCGUGUGGGUGAAUGUCUCAUUAAAAAUAAUAAAAUUGGAUAUGAUAACAAUAAUGCAAGUAAGGAUAAUAUUAAAGAAAACUCCGGGGAUAUGGAAAAUUCCCUUGUCGAGUACACACCAAAUAAUAGUGUUUUCGGAGAGGUUCAAAGUAUACGUAACGAUUUUGAUAAUAUAAAAAUGAACAAUUCAAACAAUAUAAAUGAUAUGAAUAAUGUACACAAUGGGAACAAUGUGAACAAUGGGAACAAUGGGAACAAUAGGAACAAUGUUAAUUAUUGUGAACAGAACAAAACAAAUUAUAACAAUGAACAAAUAGUUUUAUACAGUGAAUCCAAAAUUUAUGAUCACAUGCAUCACGUUUUUAACUACAUUUCGAAUAUAAGGAAAUUUGGACUUUUAAAUAAUUACAUUGUGGAGUUGUAUAUGAGCAUUCGAAAGAAAUUAAUGAGUAUCGAUAUGGAUUUUCUUUUUGAUUUAUUAGAAAAGAAAGUUCUUGAGAAGAAUGCCAUGAAAGAUAUGAUAAAUAACUUAAAGAAGGAAUAUGAAUAUGUUAAUAUAACGUAUAAUGAUUAUAUAAACUUACAAUAUGAAUGUAAUAAAUUUAUAAAUAUAAUCGAUAAGUUGUAUGAAGAAUUCGAUGAUAUUGAAAAAAGAAGAAAGAAGAUAUUAAGAAGUCAUAAAAUCGUGCAUGUAAAUGUUUGUAAUUAUAGAAAGAAAUUAAUACAUAUAGAAAAGAUGAUAGAAGAAGCUCCUACAAUUAAAAAAUGUAUAAAUGAUGAAUUAUAUAAAAUAAAAAUAAAUGUAGGUUUCUAUAAAAAGGAUAGAAAAAAAUUAUCCUUUUUUAUAUUGUUGCAUAAAUUUUAUUUAGAUAAUUAUAAUAUUGUUAUUAAUAAAUUAAAAAAUAUGAAUAAUUUAAUAGAAAAUAUUGAAUUAUUAUCCUGUACAGAAUAUGAAAAAAAUAAAAGUUUAAUAUAUAACGAAUUAUCAUAUUUAUUAUGUAAUGAUAUUAUAUUAAUAGAAAUGUUAAAGAAAAAAUGUAAAAUAGAAGUUGCCAAAAAUAAAAAUUAUUCUUUACUAUUAGCAAGGGAGAAAAAAAUGGAUACCUUUAGUUAUAAUAUAUGUAAUGAAAAUAAACUAAUAAUUAUAAAUAAGGAGAAUGUUAUGACUGACCGUAAAAAUAUGGAUUUGUUUCAAGUAAAAGAUGACAUUCUUGAGAAGUAUGGUUAUUAUUUUAAUAAGGAUAAUGUCUUAAAUAUGGACCACCAGAGGGAAACUCAAUACAAUAGGUCCUUUGAUAAAAUGAAAAAUGUGAAAGGUGUAAAAAAUGUGAAAAGAGUGGAUAAUAUGUAUAAUGUGGAUAAUAUGUAUAAUGUGGAUAAUAUGUAUAAUGUGGAUAAUAUGUACAAUGUGGAUAAUAUGUACAAUGUGGAUAAUAUGUACAAUGUGGAUAAUAUAUAUAAUGUGGAUGAUAUAUAUAAUGUGGAUAAUAGGUACCAUAUGGAUAAUAUGGAUGAUAACAUGUACUCCAUGAAUAAUAACACGUAUGACAUGUACGAUAUGUCUAACAGCUGUUACAAGAACAUGCAGAAUAACUUUAAUGACAAAAGUAGCGACAGUGAUGAUAUUGUAGUAAAUAAAUUAGGAAAGAAAGAACAAGGUAUUAUGCAAAAUGUAUUAAAGCAUAAGAAUGAUUAUUAUAAUAAUCGAGGGAAAACCAAUUCAAUAUAUAAUUUUGAUACAACUCUUGAAGAUUUUAAUAAUAAUAUUAAAGAUAAUAAAGUUAUCUUGUCAGUCGACGAAAUUGGUGUUGAAAAAAAUGUAAAGAUGAAUGAGAAAAGAAAACCUACUGAUCAUAAUUAUCAUGAUGAGAAUUAUAGAAGAACUAAUUAUUAUAAUAAAAAUUAUAGAGAUGAUAUCUUCAGUGAAUCUAAUGAAAAAGAUAAAAUGAUGAUGCUACUUCAUGAUGAUCAAAAUGAAGAUUCGGUACCUGUAGAACUAGAUGAAGGAAAUGUAGAAGAGGAAGAUGAAGAAAACCAGGACCACGAUCAUGAUCAGGACGAAUUAGAAGAGAAUGCUUUGAAUACCGAAUUUGUUUCUAGUGAUGAAGAUAAUAUAGAUUUAAAAAAGAGGAUUGAUGAAUUUAAUAAUUAUAAAAAUGAUGAUAUAAAAGGAUUAUUACCCGAAGAUAUAAAAGUAGAUGAUACCAUAACUAAAAAAAGAUUUCUAGAAAUAUUUGAUAUCAUUAAAAACAGAAAAAAACAAAUCGAAAAAAUGACAACACAUCAAAACAGUGAGAUAUAUAAAAAUAUACAUAAAUAUAAUACAUUAUUAAAUAAAUGUAAUAUGCGAAUAAAUUUUAAUCAAAAGAGGUAUGCCAAGUUGAGGAAGCAAAUGGCUUCAAUAAAUACAAGUACGAUGAUAAAGAAAUCGGAGUCUAUAUACAAAACGAUCAGAGAGUGGGACGAUAAAAUCAACUUGCUGAACGACGAUAUAAAAGUUGUCGAGCACGAGAAGAAAGAAAAAGAAAAAGAAAUUGCUAUACAAAGAAAAAAGCUGGACAAAAAAGAAAAAGAGAAAAAUCAAAAAAAAGAAGAAUUACGAUUAUUAGUUACAGAAAUGUAUAAGCAUAAUAAUAAAAUCAAAAAAAAAUAUAAAAAAGAUGAAAAAAUUAUCUUAUUAAUAUUAUACAACUCAUGGUUCCUAUAUCAUUAUAUAUAUAUCAUAUAUUUAAAUACUAUAAAAUUAAAAAAUUUCUUAUCAUAUAAACAAAAUAUAAAUGAACAGUGUCUAUCAUCCGCCAAACAAACUAUUUUAAAUAUUAACUUUUUUUCCGAGCUCUUAGAUGAAAAUGAUUGUCAACUUUUUUAA